GAGGGGAGAAGGAUUGGGGAGGCGACGCUUUUCAGGCACACUCAUAGCGCAGCGAGUAUCAGCACUGGGCGGGUAAGAAACCUCUGGGAAAGGAGGAAAAUCUUGCUAGUUCGGUUUUGUAUAACAACAAUAAACAGGGGUAAAUAUUUAAUCUACUACAACCAAUAAAUUAUUCAGUCUUGCGUCUCUCUCCGCCUAAAGCGAAAGACGGGCGAGUGUAUCGUGCGGUAAAGAAUCGUGGAAGCAUCUUUUCAGGACCUUGGACAGAGCGCGCGCAUACAAUGGCUCCAGUGACGACAGAAGAAGAACAUUUCGCGGAGGUUCCUGUGAGUGUGGCAGUGGUGAGUGUAUUUGGCCUGGUCUUCAGCGUCUCCAUCUUUGCAUGGAUUUGCUGUCAGCGCAAAGCCAACAAGACCAAUAACAAGACCCCACCCUAUAAGUUUGUCCACAUGCUAAAGGGGGUUGACAUCUAUCCUGAGAGCCUGAAUGGAAAGAAGAAGUUUGGAGGAGAAAAGACAUCUGAAGCCCAUGGAAAACAGAACCUCAGUCCCAAUGGUGGGCGGCCAGAGCUCCAUCUGGACCUGGACAAUCGAGAUCUUAAUGGAAACUUUACCUCCAAACCACCAACCCUCCAACUGAAAGUGCGCAGCUCCCCAGACCUGGACAUCCCGUCUCUUGGGCCGUGUGGUAAUCAGGAUGCUGGUACUCCAGAAAGCAUCCUAUCCAGUCAGACACCAACACCGGCCGUAGAAAAAUCUCAGGACAAAGAUGGUGGCCUGGGGACUCUCUUCUUUUCAGUUGAGUACAACUUUGAGAAGAAGGCUUUCAUGGUUCACAUCAAGGAAGCACAUGGAUUGUCCCCCACGGAUGAACAGUCAUUGACAUCUGACCCAUAUAUUAAGCUGACCUUGCUGCCUGAGAAGAAGCACAAGGUGAAGACACGUGUUCUCAGGAAGACUCUGGACCCGGCCUUCGACGAGACCUUCAGCUUCUAUGGAAUCCCAUAUGCACGAGUUUCCCAGCUGGCUUUGCACUUCAUGGUGCUGAGUUUCGACCGCUUUUCACGUGAUGAGGUGAUCGGAGAGACCCUCGUUCCUCUGGCUGACAUCGACUUGUCCGAAGGGCGGGUCCUCAUGAACCGGGACAUUAUUAAAAGGAAUGUCAGGAGGAAUGCCGGUCGAGGAGAGCUCCUUCUGUCCCUGUGUUAUCAGUCUACCACCAGUACUCUGACUGUGGUGGUACUGAAAGCCCGUCACCUGCCCAAGGCUGACUCCAGCGGACCCUCAGACCCUUACGUGAAGGUGAACUUGUUCCAGGGGAAGAAGCGAGUGUGUAAGAAGAAGACGCACGUGAAAAAGUGUGCCCCCAACCCCGUCUUCAACGAGCUCUUCGUUUUCGACCUGCCCUCGGAAGACGGCCUGCGAGACACCAGCGUGGAGCUCCUCCUGCUGGACUCCGACAGAACGUCCCGUUCACCUGUCAUCGGCCGGCUCCUCCUCGGCACUUCGUCCCCCGGCACCGCCGGCGAGCACUGGCGCGAGAUCUGCGACCACCCGCGCCGACAGAUCGCUAAGUGGCACGCGCUGUCCGAAGACUAGGUCUGCCAGUCGCCAUGCAGACAGAUGCCCAGGAACUGUCAUUGGAAUUCAUGGUUGAGUGGGCAGGAUUUGAACUGUGGACUUGUCGCGAGUAAUAUCUGUCAAUCAACUGAUCUCAGUCAUACAAGUCAUAUCAUUGGGGCGGGGCUUCUUCUAAAGGGGGAGGCGCCAGCUGAACCCAGCCAAUUAUUGAUUCCAAAGACUGUCUCAGAUGCCCAAUGGCGCUUUUUCUUCAUGCUGAUCGAUCACCACCUUGUGCAGUACGGAAUGUCAUGUUGCUAUUGCUGUUCUUCUCUACUCACUGUUAAUAAUACUCCAUCAUGUGAUACAAGUAAGAUAAUCCUGGUAAUGUGAUGAUGUAAAUUAACUGAAUGACCUGUUUAUUUUUUAAAAGAUGCUUCUAUCUUUUGUUUAUUCUGAUGUUGAAACCCAUUCAAUCUCUUCCUUUUAUACUUGAUUUCUCGACUUUGGUUUGUUUUUGCAUUUUUUGCCUGACGUUUUUGUAAGUUAACAUGGUGUGGAAGCAGCCUAAAUUAGGCACAAACAAGCAGAGACGGAUGUGUUAAAGCAGGACGACUGCACGAACUGAACGGGACCGCAUGCAGUGUGCGUGAAUAUGAGCGUGUGUGCGUGUAUCUGUGUGUGUUCUGUAUAUAAAUGUGUAUGUGUGUGUAAGUUCAGUUCCAGUGGAGUGUGAGACAGAGUGUUGUUCUCUUCACUGUGAGCACAACGGUGGAAGUGAUGUAUUAUGUGUAUUACUAUAAAACAUCAAGUUCUGAGAAAGAAA